AUCCGAAAGAGAAGAGAGCAGAGCGCGCGCUUGAGUUACUGAGAUCUGCGGCCGCUGGAAGUUUGUCUAUGCGGACUCUGGUUUCUGCUCUCGUCCUUUUACAAUCUCCAGACGCCGAGGACGAUCUUCUACCUCGCCGAGUUGAAAAACCAGCGCUCGAUUUUCACUGAAAACUCGUUUCCGUGGCGCUCAGCGAAAUCAUGUCUGCCUCAGCGGCUAAAGUCAGUAAAAAGGAACUGAACUCGAACCACGACGGAGGGGACGAGACUUCGGAAAAAGAACAGCAAGAAGCCAUCGAGCACAUCGAUGAAGUACAGAAUGAAAUUGACAGACUGAAUGAGCAGGCAAGUGAGGAAAUUCUCAAAGUUGAACAGAAGUACAACAAACUCCGCCAGCCGUUCUUCCAGAAGAGGUCAGAACUCAUCGCCAAAAUCCCAAACUUUUGGGUCACAACGUUUGUCAACCACCCACAAGUUUCGGCUCUUCUUGGGGAGGAAGAUGAAGAGGCGCUUCACUAUCUGACCAGAGUAGAGGUCACAGAGUUUGAAGACAUCAAAUCUGGCUACAGAAUAGAUUUUUAUUUCGAUGAAAACAUGUAUUUCGAGAACAAAGUCCUCUCCAAAGAAAUCCACCUGAACGAAAGCGGAGACCCAACCUCAAAGUCAACAGAGAUCAAAUGGAAACCGGGAAAAGAUCUCACAAGCCGGUCCAGUCAGACACAGAGUAAAGCAGGCAAGAAAAGACAACAUGAAGAGCCAGAGAGUUUCUUCACCUGGUUCACGGAUCAUGCUGAUUCAGGGGCCGAUGAACUGGGAGAAGUCAUUAAAGACGACAUCUGGCCUAAUCCGCUACAGUACUACUUGGUCCCAGACAUGGAGGAUGAGGAAGGAGAAGGAGAGGAUGAAGACGACGAUGAGGAAGGUCUGGAUGAUAUUGAUGAAGAGGGAGAUGAUGAUGGAGAGGAAGAGGACGAUGAUGAUGGAGAGGAUGAUGAAGGUGAUGACGACUGAAGCUGAAAUCGAGGAAUAUAAUCCACAUUUUCCCCAGUCCUGUUUCCAAAUUGCUUCUUUGGCUUUUUUUGUUAUUUUUUUCGUGGAGCAAGAAUGAUGCUUUUUUCCUCCCUCUUCUCUUCAGAUUGUUUUGUUUUUUGCUCCAUCUUUCCUCUGUCCUGAACUUGCCAUGUUGAAGUCCCCCGAACAGACUCACAAUAAACUGACUGCAAAAUCUUGCCAACAUGGCAUCUACCAUCUCAAUUUCCAAAUGCAUUUCGAGGUAAAAAGCAAAACACUGUAGUUAUCGGCUGCGCGCCGUCUGGAGUAGACUUACAAAUAGUGCUUUCGUUUUGUUUUUUUAUAAAUAUAUAUAUGUACAAAUAUGUAUAAUUUUCUUCCUGUUAAAGUUUUGUGUAGGUAAUUGAACAGAAGCCAUGGUGCGCAGUGAUCUGCUAGCUCUAGCGUUCUCCACAGUUUGCUUUUCUUUAUUUUGGGUGUUUAAACCCGUCAUGGUUUAAUCAGCUGAUAGACUUCAGUAGUAAAUCCCGUCACCUCUUGUAAUGUCUGUUCUGGAGGGCUGAGGAAAGACACCAUCACUGAGUCUUUGAUUUUUAUCUUGUCUUGUUUUACAGACGUUCACCAGAUUUGAAAUGGAUAACAUUUUUGAUAAAGAAAAUAAAAUAAUAAAAAAAC